GAGCGGCCGCGGGAGGGGACGGAGCGGGGGGAAAUAGGGAUCCCUAUAGGAUCUAUAUGAUGAUGCUGUGCAGUAUGGCGGUGCUGCUGUGCAGCCUGGCGCUGACGUCGGCCGUGGUGUUUCACGCUUAUUACCUCAAACAUCAGUUCUACCCCACGGUGGUUUAUCUCACCAAGUCCAGCCCCAGUAUGGCCGUGAGUCACCCUAUGUACACCCUAUAUAAACCCUAUAUAUACCCUAUAGACCCUCACCUUAUGGAACGUUCCUGGUACGCCGUGACCGAGACGUGUCUGGCCUUCACCGUGUUCCGCGACGACUUCAGCCCCCGAUUCGUGGCCUUGUUCACCCUCCUCCUCUUCCUCAAGUGCUUCCAUUGGUUGGCUGACGACCGGGUGGACUUUAUGGAGCGGAGCCCCAACAUCUCGUGGCUCUUCCAUUUCCGGAUCAUCUGGUUUUUAGUGGCUUACGCCAUACUGCUGACCAUGGUGCUGACCAUCUUCAUCAAGUACGUCCUUCACUCCAUUGACCUGCACAACGACAACCCCUGGGACAGCAAGGCCGUCUACAUGCUCUACACCGAGCUCUUCACCGGGUUCAUUAAGGUCAUCCUAUAUAUGGCCUUCAUGACCAUCAUGAUCAAGGUCCACACCUUCCCCCUCUUCGCCAUCCGCCCCAUGUACCUGGCCAUGAGGCAGUUCAAGAAGGCGGUGACGGACGCCAUCAUGUCUCGUCGCGCCAUCCGCAACAUGAACACGCUUUACCCCGAUGCCACCCCGGAGGAGCUUCAAUCCAUGGACAACGUCUGCAUCAUCUGCAGGGAAGAAAUGGUGACGGGGGCCAAACGUCUGCCCUGCAACCACAUCUUCCACACCAGCUGCCUGAGGUCGUGGUUCCAGAGGCAGCAGACCUGCCCCACGUGUAGGAUGGAUGUUCUUCGUGCUUCCCUGCCCCCACAACCCCAACCCGAAGCUGCUGAGCAGAACCCGGCCCCCCCCCAAAACCCCCCGGGGGCUCAGCCCCAAAACUUCCCGCAGGGGAUGCUGCCCCCUUUUCCCCCCGGGCUGUUCCCAUUCUGGCCCCCCAUGGCUCCGUUCCCUCCUAUGCCCGGAGCACACGGACCCCAAAACCCCGACAGCCCCACAGCAGCCUCCACCAGAACCGGGGACGGUGGCUCCGGGUCGGACGGAACCGCGGCAGCUCCGGGUUUUGUGCUGCCCCCCCCCUGGAUGGGGCUGCCAUGGCCACCCCUGUUCGGUCUCCCCCCGAUGCCUGUCCCCCCCGCUGGCUUUGCCGGGCUCACAGACGAUGAGUUACUGGCCAUGGAGGGACACGAGCGGCAGCUGAUCCAUAUAACCCCAUAUAACCCCAUAUAACCCCAUAAUAACCCCAUAAUAACCCCAUUACA